UUCCCAUCCUAGGGUCACACAGAAAGAAAGGUUUUUUAAUCCAAACCCAAGAAAUUUGGCCUUGCUGUCCUUGGGUAAUUUGACAUCGCCUUCGUCUGCUACGAUUACUGAGGAAGGAGGUAGGACGUCAAAGUUGUAGCUGUACUUCGACUCCUUUCUUUGAUCCUUUUGUGAUCUAGCUAGGCCAGUUAAAACAAUAUAAGGGAAAUCGAAAAUAUUUUAACCCUCCUUCUCAGUUCCAAGUGCUCUUUUUUAAGCAGAGAAGCCAUUUGAAUGUGAUGCUUCCUUGUGUUAACUUCUAGACUAGCUCCAAUGUUCCCAUUGUCUCAGAACCCAUCUAAUUCCAGUUCCAGUCGUGGAAAUGGCCGAAGUUCGUCAUCUUCUCAUAACCCUCAUAAUCGAAAUUAUGGGGCAGCUUUUUUCCAGAUGAUGACUAUUGCCCUCCUAUGCACAUCUUUGGCCCAACCAUCCUGGCUUUCGCUCACGACCAGGACAAAUUCUGCCUCUCCCAGAUCAGGGGAAAGCUGUCCAAAACAUCUCACAUUAUAUCAGUUCUUUGACUAUGGCUAUUUUGAGACUGGAGAUUCUAGAAAUAGUACAACUAUUGUGUCACCUGUGAGGCUUUAUUACCACUCUGCGGUUGGGACAAUGGGUUGCCUCACCCCAGCUAUUGUUAACAUGUUCAAAGUAAUUCUGAUGUUGGUGAUUUUUGCCAUCAUUUUGUGUUUCAUUGGUUUCCUGCUGGAUGUGUUGGGAACUAAGAGCCGUCUGUCCCUCACAGUGAGAUCUAAUGGUUUGAUGACCAUUCCAAUCGUUUUAAUUUGUGCGGGAGUAGUUAGUCUUGCCUACUACAUAACUGUUCUCUUGGAAAAAGAAAAUCGCCAUUCUUAUUUUCUCGAAGUCUCAUUCGAUUACGGCUUUUUCACCCUCUCAUCUGCAGGCGCAACAGCUUUACUUGCCACUGCCAGCGCCCUGUUCAAAAGAAUGGGUGGACCAGAACGACGCAGAUCUCGAUCUCGACACCGACGUUCACGUUCUUCACGAAUGCGUGACAGCCGCCUUAUGCUCGUAGAUACCAUUGAAUCUCCCCCAUUGGUUGGAGACCCUCCACCACCCUAUUCUCUUUGAUGACCGUUUCGAUUGUUAUCAAAUUUGCUUUUAUUUUGGUGAUGUCGCAAUCUCACUUGACUGCAUCUUUUAUUUUUUAUUUCAUUUUUAGAACUGCAUCGCCUGAAGUAACGAUUGACUCCUCGAUAAUUAUUCAUAUACUUUCUCGUCGCUUUACACUUAUUUUACUUUAUAUAUAUAUAUACAUAAUGAAAUAACUGCUUCCUUUUGUCGCCCGAAAAUUUUUUUUUAAUCUCUACCGGCUAAACUGACCGACGCGCAAAUACAUUUUUUUGUAUCAGUCAUCAUUAUCUCGUGACUUUGGUCAUCAAAAUAUUUUUCCCAGAAGUCUUCAUUACUAUGUAGUUAUAAAAAUGUAAAAGAAGGGGGGAAAAAACUAGAAAAAACGUGUUUGUCACAAAAAAAACUAUAAAAAUAAAAAAGGUUUCGACUGUUUAGUACAAUAAAUAAACGAGUUUGGCAAUGUCUCUUCAUCCUUCUGUGUUAUUGACCGAAGGACAUUUGAAACUGUUGUUCUUUUUUAUUUUUGGUUGUCUGGAGAGAAAGAACUGGGUGUUGAACUUGAUAUAUACAUAUAUUAAUCGGGUUUAUAUAGCCAGAAACGAUCGACCAUGUAUGGUGCUGAAUCAGAUAAUGGAAAUUGGGACCACAUGCUUGAUGGAACCAUAGAAAGUCUCUUUAAUAAUGCAAAUGCAGAGGAGCCGGGAGAACUUGGGAAACUCGAUAACCAGCACCAGCUGCGAACUUCAUCGUCAAUGUUGGCCGGUGCUGAAUGGCUGGAGGCAGAUGGAAUACAGCAGAUGAAUCAACGAGUGACCUCAAUGUCAGCUGCACUAGAUGAAAUGGAGUGGGACAGAAGGAAGUGUAAAUCAUCUCUAGGUGACUGCAUUCACCAAUUUGAGCGGUUGAAAGCUGGAACUUCUCUCUGGAUGUGUCGACUUGAUUUGCUGCAGCAGGCAAUCAGUUACGAUCCUGAUAUGGUCAAAAUGGGGAGGAGCAAUGAUGAGGGAGACCUGCAUGUGAUGAUGAACCAGUCCCAGCAGAUGAUUCGCCCAGAGAAACGUGGAGACGUUGACCGGGAGGAGGAGGAGGAGAAGGCGGAUGGAAGAAACUCGUCGUCGCUGCACUUGGCAUCGUUUCAAGGCCCUGACAACGGCGAGAUUCUGAGCCGGAUUGAUCUCUUAAAGAAGAACGCCGUCUCUGUUUCUAGCGGCAACCAGCCGCAGAGAGACGAGGCCCAGCAGCAGCAGCAGCCCAGUCAUGUUGUUCCUCCUCCUCCUUGCUCGCUGUAUAAUUUCUCCUCUUCUCGGAUGGUGACGAUGAGCCCACCAGCAACGACAGCAACGAAAGCGCCCGGUAUGAGCAGCAGCAGCAGCGGCCAGCAAAGGCAAAGAGCAGUCACGUCAACUGCUUCUUCUUCUCUUGCACGAGGGGGAGGAGGGGGAGAAAGAGAAGCGGAUGAAAAUCGAGCCAAGUUGCCCCUGCCCAAGCUGCUCCUGCCAUCAUCCCGUCAAGUCAAAUUGCCAGAAACGCUUGAAGCGACGUCGCUGCUGGAAACGGAGACGGGCUAAGCUGCUACACCGAAAAGAAGAAGUAACAAACAAGCAAAUAGCAACGACCACGACGACGACGACGACGACGACGAGGGGUGGGGAUGAUGGGGGGGCUGGAGGAGGACAAAAACUGAACGAAUAAGAAAAUAAGGACACAGAGCCGGAAAAAAGUUCCAAAAUAGCGAUCCACACGGGGCCCGCCCGUUUCUCUAUCUACUCCCACACUUUUUUCUUCUUCUUCUUCUUUUUCUUUCUUGUUUCUCGGCAGCUACGAGGCCGAAU